AAUAUAUUAAUAAAUGGAAAUUUAUCGUAUUCCUGAAGAUUUGCGAUUUGUAAAUUAGAUUGGUCAAACUCUGAGUGCAGAAGAGAAGUAUUGAUUAAUGUAAUGAAGGAUCAAGUUAGAAAUAGCAUUGAUAAAGCUUAGCUAAACCUAGACAUUUGAUUAAUUAUUAUUUUGGGGAAGAAUUGAAGGAACAGUUGCCAAUUAUUAUAUUGCUAUUGGAUUGAAUUUCAAGAAUAAUUUUGAAUUUCCUCACAAAACAUUCUUCUACACUGCAAAUUUAAAGGAAUUCUAAAAUUUACCACCCCUCAAUCCAGAAUACAAAGAAUAAGUUGAAACUUUCAGACAGUUAUUUUCUGGAUAACCUGAAAAAAUACUUAUUAAUAUCACAGGUGAAGAUGGAGAUUAACCACCUGCUGAUUAACCAAAUCCAGAUGAACCAUAGCCAGUUGUAAAAAAUGAUGAUGACUCAGAUGUUGAAAUAAAACCACCUCCUAAAAACUUUUUGGAAGUAGAUAGAUUAGCUUAUGUGGUUAAUGCAAUUGAAUUUGAAUGUGCUCUACUACCUGUUGGUGCAGUUAGAUUGACUCCUACUCAUGAAUUAAGGUAAUUUAAUUAACUUAAUUAUAGAUAUAAUGAUUCAUUUGAAGGACUCAAUCUUUAAGAAGCCUCAAAAAUAAUAAAUUAUUAACAUUUUAGAGCCCCAUAAAGUCCUAAUAAAAAGGAAUUGAUUGCAUAAGAUGAUGCUCUAUUUCAUUAUGACUUUUUUGAUUAAUUGGAUGAUCAUCCAGUAGGAUAAUGGAGUUUAUAAACUGAUUCUUCUAAAUAUUAAGUAAAUAAUUUUUAUUUAAUUUAAGGUUACUAUACGUAAUCUUUAAUGGCCAGGUUUCUUAGGUUAUCAUAGAGCAGGAACUAGAAUUUUUGGAUAUGCCUAUUUUGGAGAUGGUAUAAAAAAUGUAGAUUUGGCAUUUCAACUAUGAUUAAUAUUAAUGAAUAUCCAAG